CCUCCCGGAAGCGCCGGCGGAGCGUGUGCAUGGCGCGGGAGUCCUGCGCCUCGGAGGCUGUCUCUGCCGCUGCCGUGCUCUUCGCCUGGGGUGCAAACAGCUAUGGGCAACUUGGCCUUGGCCAUAAGGAAGAUGUGUUUCUGCCCCAGAAACUGAGUGACUUCUGUCAAGUGGGGUCUAUCAACAGUGUCACAGGAGGAGGAGGGCAUUCUGCAGUUGUCACAGAUGGAGGAGGUCUUUUUGUUUGUGGCCUGAAUAAAGAUGGGCAGUUGGGGCUUGGUCACACAGAGGAAGUUCUGCGUUUUACCAUCUGCAGGCCUCUCCUCGGCUGUCCCAUCCGACAGGUGGCCUGUGGCUGGGACUUCACCAUCAUGCUUACAGAAAAAGGUCAAGUUCUGUCCUGUGGAUCCAAUGCCUUUGGCCAGUUAGGUGUGCCUCACGGCCCUCGCAAAUGCGUGGUUCCCCAGGUUAUCGAGUGCCUGAGAGAAAAGGUUGUUUGUGUCGCUGCCGGACUGAGGCAUGCCUUAGCCACUACAGCAACUGGCAGUGUGUUCCAGUGGGGAACUGGCUUGGCAUCUUCUGGUCGACGCCUGUGCCCUGGGCAGAAUCUCCCCCUGUUUUUGACAGCAAAGGAACCCAGCAGGGUGACAGGCCUGGAGAAUUCGACAGCAGUGUGUGCUGUUGCAGGAUCUGACCACUCGGCCUCAUUAACAGAUACAGGAGAGCUGUAUGUCUGGGGCCGUAACAAGCAUGGGCAGCUGGCCUCCCUCGCUGCGUUCCUUCCUCUGCCCCAGAGAAUAGAAGCACAUUGCUUUCAGGAUGAAAAGGUCACUGCUGUCUGGAGUGGCUGGACACACCUGGUUGCAAAGACAGAAACUGGCAAGGUGUUUACCUGGGGUCGAGCAGACUAUGGUCAGCUGGGGAGGAGGUUGGAGUCUCCUGAAGCUCAGCAACCUGUAGAGCCAGACUCAUCGCCCACCUUCCAGAGGCCACAGAACAGUGUGCCUUUGCCUCUGCAUGGCCUGACAGGAGCGACAGAGAUUUCUUGUGGCUCGGAGCACAACUUGGCAGUAAUUAGGGACAAGUGCUGCUCCUGGGGUUGGAACGAACACGGCAUGUGUGGGGAUGGCUCUGAGUCCAAUGUCUGGACUCCAACUCCAGUGCAGGCUCUGCCACCAUCACCAUCAAGACUCCUCCUCGUGGGCUGUGGGGCUGGCCACUCCUUGGCCUUAUGUCAGCUGCCAGCACACCCUGCGCCAUGCCAGGAUCUCAGGGUCACCGGCCCACUCCCAGAUGCCACAGAGAACACUGAAUCUCAGGGGGCCGUGGACAGAGACAGACUGGAAGGAGAGACGAUCAGUGACCCCAACCCAGAGAAAUUCUGACAGGACGAGAGAUGGGGUGGGGGUGGGGCGUGUGUGAACAAGACCGUUCAAUAAAGUGGCUUAUACCAACAGAAGAUUCCC